AUGUCGAGCGUAGCUUCUCACCAGUCAAACAAGCGUUCUAUUUCGUCCGCUAUAGCGAGUUUUUUCAAGAAAGAAACUCCGGCGGAUUACUAUAGCUCUGGCGAGUCCGUUAAACCCAGUUCAAUAACGGCCAAUUUCGAGGAUGUAGAUACAACAGACCUGCCAUCCGUGCCUGACUUGGUUCUCUUCGAGUCCGAAAACGGAAAAAGACCGCUAUUGCUUCCCAUCAUUCCGCUACAGAGACUCAAAAUCUUGCGCCAAAAACAGUAUCUACGGCAUCUGCAAGACUCACAACUGUGUCAGCUCAACAGGAGUGUCGGCACCACUAAACCCACACAGCUAGCUGCUAACCAAUUGGUACCGUUAAGGUCUCUGAAAAGAAAGCCUCUCAGUAAAACAGAGCGUACCAAACUGUUAUCGAAAAAUCCACAUUCCAAAAACAGGUCCUGCCUGGGGAAACGAUGGACAGGCGACUUUGAAUACGAUCUUUCCGAGUAUAAUACUGUUAAAAAGCCUAAAGUAUCGAAAACCAGCAGCAGCAGCGGUAACGAGGAUCCGACAUCAGGCCUAGAGUCUCCAAGACUCUCUCCAGGAGUGCUCAAAAAGGGUACAAUGGGCGGGAAACGGAUUACCUCGAACGGUCUCUCAAAAACGCAACUGAGUCUUCUGAAUGGGAAAUCCUUAGCAGAUUUGACAUCUACUAAAGCAUCAGAUACAAAGAUUAUACCUCCGGCAAAAGAAACCGAUCCCAAGAAGACAAAACCAUUUUUGGCUCUGCCCAGUUCAGGAUUCGACUUCCUGAAACCAAAAGACGACAUGGACCAAAAGCCAACAGAAACCGCCAACUCUGAUGCCUCUAAAGUCUCGAUACAACCCUUGUCGAAUUCGUCCUUAGCAGACACCACAAACGCUGCUUCUGCUCCCGCAAAGAGCUCUUUCUCUUUUGGCAAGGCGAAUUCCACAGAGACCACUGUUGAACCCAAGCUUUUAUCAACUGGCGUCAACGAUGAAAGUUCUCCAUCGGCAGCUCAAGACAACAACGACUCAAUCAAGCAGUCCAAGCCCAUCUUCAGUUUUGGGAAACCAGCUACCAAUCAGAAUGAUUUAGAGUCUAAGCAGAAUGAUGCAAACGGUUUAUCUACUUCACUAGGUCAAUCUUCUCUUCCUCCCAAACAAUCCUACACUUUUAAGCCUGCAGAGAAAGAACCACAGCCAAAUGCAAGCACGCCAGCUGCGGGCACAGCAAAAGAUACCUUGGCUUCCAAACCCGCAUUCGACUUUGGCGCUCCAAAAAGUUCUAAACCUGCGUUCGACUUCGGAUCAGCAAGUUCUACCAAAACCUCGACCGCACCUGAAUCGGACUCCGCGUCUCGCCCCGCUGCCAACCUCACGUUCAGUUUCGGUGCCUCGAAGGAGAAACCAGACAUUGCUGCUGGCAACAACAUCAAGCCCCCAGCGGUGGAUGAAGUCAAAAAGGUUCCCUCUUUCAGUUUCGGUGCUUCAAAGGACACGUUGGGUGCCUCCAAAGACAAAAAAUCCACAUUCGGUGCCCCUAAGAAUAGUACGGAAACCAAUACGACAGCAUCAUCUACUCCUUUCACCUUCGGCGCUUCCAAAAAUACGGCGGACUCAUCAAAACCUGGCACCCCGUUUGAGUUCAGUAAACAAACCAAAGCGGCACCGGCAGAAAAUGCCCCCGGAGCGCAGCAGGUUCCAUCCUUCUCAUCCAAGAGAUCCUCAGAUCAAGCGACAGGAUCUGAUCAGAAGAAUUUUGCUCCCGGGCACUUAAGCUCAAACCCAGCGGUCGCAUCUCAAUCUUUCAGUUUUGGUCAAACUGCGGAGGCAAAUAAGCCAGCAAGGCCGACAUUUUCGUUCGGAAGUGGCCCACAAGCCAAUGCCAGGCCUUCAUCAGCGAGUGCUACUGGUUUUAAGUUUGAUACAAGCGCUUUAAAUCAAAGCACUUUAAAUCAAAGCACUAACAACAGUGAUCAGCCGAAGUCCUCAUUCUCCACCGGCUCGAGCAUGGGGGCGGGGAAGCCUGCCUUCAGUUUUGGGAACCCGAACUCCGGAGUUGCCGCACCGCAACCGCAACCAUCCACCUCAUCACUGGUACCGUCUUCACAAAAUAACGGCUUUAGUUUUGGUUCUGGGUCGACCACAGGUAACAACUCCCCUGCCUUUGGAGGCAGCACCAACAAUCAACCAGUUGCAUUUAACUUUGGUGCGGGAAAUACAACUGCAUCUUCAACUCCACCACCUUUUGGACUGUCGAAUGCUCCCAGUUUCUCAACAACAAACCCUCAAAGUAGGCCAUUUAGUCCCUCAAACAAUAUCAACAUUAAUUUCGGAGGUGUUGGAUCCCAGAAUCCAAGCUCGAUUUUCGGGGGAACCGCAGGGACAACACCGGCCCAAGUCUUUGGUGGUCCCGCACCCAACGCAGCCCAGCCCUUUGGCGGAGCAAACCAGAAUCCGGCUCAAAUUUUUGGAGGAUCAAACAUGGGCGGUCUGCCUCAGCCGCAAGGUCAAACUCCAAUGUUAAACCUUCCCCCAGGCAGGAAGCUUGCCAGGAUGCGGGCGAGAAGAGGUUGA